UUUUGGCUAUUUACUUGGACUCCAUAACAGCUCAAGCCUCUGUUCAAAUACCCGUCGCUCUUUCCCCAAGGGGUUUAGACCUCCAGUCAUCCAAAACCCGAUCGAUCCCCCGUGCGGGUGCCAGGAGAUCGCAUCGGCUGCACGUCCUGAAUGAGAUCCGCGACAAUUUUGGAUAACAAUUCGCAGCGAGUUGGGUCAUACGCCUGAAGCAUCGGUCGUUGCAGGUGAUUCGGGGGGAGGAGGCGAGUCGUACAGAGGGAGGGAGGUAGAGAGAAAUCAUGGCGUCCGCGGCUGCUUGUAGUGUCAGCAGCAGUGGCAUAAGCUCGUCGUCGUUGUGGGGGAGCGGGAUUCAGGAGCUUGUGCGGGAGCAGCGGGUAGCAUCGGGGAGGAGCAGCGCGGCGCGAGCACCGGGGUGCAGCGCGCAGAGCGUGCCCCUGCAAUGGCAGCAGAGCGACGCUGCUCGGGAUGCAGCGGUGCGCAUGGCGGAGGAGCGGCUGAAGGCGGGCAUGACUGCUGCCAAUUUGAGCUCCAAGGAGGUGAUGGACGCGGACAAGAAGUACUUCGUGCCCACUUACGCCCGAGCUCCGUUGGUGUUCGUGAGCGGGCAAGGCUGCUGGUUGACCGACGCCGAGGGCAAGGAGUACCUUGACAUGACUGCGGGCAUUGCAGUCAACUCUCUGGGCCAUGGAGACGAUACUUGGGUGAAAGCCGUGGCGGAGCAGGCUGCCACCCUCACGCACGUUAGCAACCUUUAUCACUCCAUCCCCCAGGUGAAGCUCGCUGAACGCCUCGUACAGUCUUCGUUUGCUGAUCGAGUGUUUCUGGCCAAUUCUGGAACGGAAGCGAACGAGGCCGCAAUUAAAUUUGCUCGAAAAUUUCAGCGUUACAAUGCAGAGAAGAAAGAGGACAAGCGAUGGCUGAAAUUCGGAAAGCGAGAAGUAGCGACGGAGAUGGUGGCAUUUAACAACGGGUUCCAUGGCAGAACUCUGGGUGCUCUAUCUCUGACGAGCAAAGUCCAAUAUCGGGCGCCUUUCGAGCCCCUGAUCCCAGGAGUACACUUCUAUGACUUUGGAGACCUUGAAGGCGUGAAGAAGCUGGUCAAAGGUGGCAAAGUGGCAGCAAUCUUUGUGGAGCCAGUGCAAGGCGAGGGUGGUGUAUACCCUGCAGUGGCCUCGUUCCUUCGUGGUCUUCGCGAGCUCUGUGAUGAGACUGGAACAAUUCUUGUCUUCGACGAGGUGCAGUGCGGAUUGGGAAGAACUGGGAAGCUGUGGGCUCAUGAGCCCUAUGGAGUGAACCCAGACAUCAUGACUUUGGCCAAACCUCUGGCAGGGGGAUUGCCGAUCGGUGCAGUGCUGGUUACAGAGGCUGUGGCCUCCGCCAUCUCCUACGGGGAUCACGGAAGUACAUUUGCUGGCGGCCCUCUGGUAUGUGCCGCUGCUCUGGCUGUACUGGACCGCAUUCAAAAGCCCGGCUUCAUGGAGAGUGUCACAUCGAAAGGGUGCCAACUGCGGACAUCACUGGCUGAGAAGCUUGUGGGCAAGAACAAGCAUGUGAAAGAAGUUCGUGGUGUUGGUCUUCUCGUGGGAAUUCAACUCGACUGCUCUGCAAACCCGGUAGUGGAAGCAGCGAGGGAGGCAGGCAUGAUUCUCAUCACCGCAGGAAAAGGGGAUGUGAUCCGAUUGGCACCGCCACUCAUCAUCAGCGACAAAGAACUGGAAAAGGCGGUGGAGAUUUUAGUAGCCUGCAUCAACCAAGCCCUCCCUUGAUGAUCCCGUGUAGCAAUAUAUACUCCAGCCACAAAGACGUCCAAUGUACGUCAUUUUGAAAAGUUUACUGACUCUAUAGAAGUGAAUUUGGUGUGCGUCGUUCUUAAAUGACUGAACCCCAUAGAAAGUAGUGCACAAUUGUGCAAGCUGACCAACUUCAUGAUCUCUAGAGAAUAAGUAUUGACCAACGGAGCAAGAUGACGAGGCCCUUUCUUCCUGCCACAUUUAGAUAGAUACCCUACUGUAGUUAGUAAUCCAAGAAUUUUUUGGUCAUGCAUGGCUGGGAAAGUUCUGCCAGUUUUCUGCAUGCGGUCUGGAAUCGAACAUCUGUUGUAAUCUGCCCAAAGUCAAUGUGACGUUGCAGUUGAUCAGCCGUCAGGCCAUCGAACAUUGAACAAUCCAAGCUGUUGAGGU